UGCCACGUGCCAGUGCCCAUCAGUGCCACAUGCCAGUGCCCAUCAGUGCCACAUCAAUGCCACAUAUCAGUGCAUAUCAGUGCCCAUCUAAGCUGCCUUUCAAUGUCACCCAUCAGUGCCAGUCAGUGCCACCUAUCAAUGCCAAUCAAUCAGUGGCACCUAUCAGUGCUGCCAAUCAGUGUCGCCUAUCAGUGCGCAUCAGUGUCGCCUAUCAGUGUGCAUCAGUGUCGCCUGUCAGUGCCGCCUAUCAGUGCCAGUCAGUGCCCCCUAUCAGUGCCAGUCAGUGCCGCCUAUCAGUGUCAUGUAUCAGUGCUGCC